GGUCCCCCUCGCCCGGCCCGAGAGCGCCGCUUGGCUCGCCUUCGGGCUUCGCGAAGUCGCAACAACAACAUGUUUGGGUAGCUUCUUACGUAACCGCCAACCUCGACCUAGUUCCGCGCUUGGGCGAUGCUUGACAUUUCUGACUUGGCCUCCGUUUUGCAACGCCUGGAAAACAAAGGGUGGCGGUGGUUGCCAAACUCUUGCAGGGACUGAACGUGUGAAUCCGGGGGAGGGAGAGGAGGCGGCAACUUUCCCUGCGGGUAAGCGGGUCUCCGCUUUGCAGGAGAGAAUGGAAGCGGCUUGGUCCCGCCUGUCUCCUGCAGCCCCGGAACUUGCUUCCGAGUCCCCAGCGGGAAGGGGGAUCGGAUGGGGGGUGGAGCUGUCCCGCGCCCCCGCCCUCCGAAGGAGGCUGCCCGCGUUCACGUCCCGCGUCGCGGACAAACGACGAGCGGGUCCAGAUCUGGAGCCGCAGAAGAGGAAAAAGUGAAGCGCUGCUUCCGCUAACGUCGUGGGCCCUCCGGUGCCGGCAGCCGCCUUCAACCCGGCGCCCUUCGGACGCUUUGGCCACUACUUUCACAGUUCGCAGUCACCCCCACUGCGCCUUCGGUCCCGGGAGGGCAACCCCCUUGCCGCCGCGGCUGGAACGAGCUGCGCGUCUGGACGGGGACUCGCGAUUCCGGGGCGCGGCUCGACCGGCUUGAUUGCCCGGAACCCGCCGGGUGCAGCGGCAAGCGCGAGAGCAGCUGCGCGCGGUCCGGCGGGGGCGGGCGGGGCCUUAUUUGCAUACCACGCUGAGCCCAUGUGACGUCUCGAGAGCCUCCCUAUUAUAAGGCGGGCGAGCGCCGAAAUAGACGCAGUUUUGUCUGGCCGUCCUUCCUGCGCCGACGAAUUUCUUCCUGGGCUAUCUGCGCACUCUGCCCCCAGCCAUGAGUACCGGUGUGUUCCCGCUCCCGAUGGAGGUGGCUGUCUACCAGCUGCACAACUUUUCCAUCUCCUUCUUCUCCUCCCUGCUGGGGGGAGAUGUGGUCUCGGUCAAGCUGGACAACAGCGCGUCCGGAGCCAGCGUGGUCGCCAUCGACAACAAGAUCGAGCAGGCCAUGGACCUGGUCAAGAAUCACCUGAUGUAUGCUGUGAGGGAGGAGGUGGAGGUCCUGAAGGAGCAGAUCAAGGAGCUGGCAGAGAAGAACUCCCAGCUGGAGCGAGAGAACAGCUUGCUGAAGAACUUGGCCAGCCCGGAGCAGCUGCAGAAGUUCAGGUCCCACCUGCCCCUGGAGGGGCUCUCAGCAGCUGCUGAAAAGACCAGCCAGGGAACAGCUGCCCCCGCCCAGCACACGGCAGGCUCUGCGGUGUAAGGUGGCUCUGUCCAUGGGGUGGGCAGAGCCACAGAACUUUUUCAACUUGAUCUCCAAGUGAACAUGGUUUCCUCACAUCUCCUUUGGAGGACUCCAUAGUGGCGUGAGGGGGCCCUUAAUCCAUGGCCCCUUCCUUGGGUUGGCCAGAGACUCUCCUGAGAAAAGGAGCAAGGCUGCACUGGAGUUGCUACGGGCACACAGCUGCUCUGCCUGCAGGAGAUCCAGGUUUGCCUCCCCCCAGCUCUUCCUGGAGAGACUGCUGAAGAGGGGGUGCCUGUCUCGACGGCCAAAGACAGUUUGUUGGAAGAAGCAUGUUGGUGGUUUUCUUCAGCAGCAAAGAGAAAAGGCAGCCCCUGCCUGUCCUGGGCUGGGAACAAUCAGCUGUCGCUCCACCUGUAGGGGAGCAGCUGGGGGGCUUGCAAGGUUUCACCCUUGGCCCUGCGCUGGCCCUCUUAUUCCACAAGAUCCAGACAUCUGUGUGCAUGAUACUGGCCUGCUACAGACUUGCACAGGUGGGGAACUCUGCCAAGAUGUGGACUAGGAUGAGGAUUGCAUGCCAGUGGGAAGGUGCUUGCUCUUCUGCUGUGGUUUGUUUACUGAAUUUUGCAUACUGACAACAGCCUCCCCUGUGGGGGGGACUCAGUUCAACUCCUUUACCAAUGUUCCCUGUGGCCCCUGGAUCUGUUGAUGGGGACCAAGGGCCCUGCACAGCCAGUGAGGAUUGCAGGGAGAGCAAGAGGAGGUGGCUGAGGGGCGCUGGCUUAAACACCCCCGUGAUGGGAGUCUUGCUUCUGUAGUGCACUCUGGAAUGGGUGCAUGAUGAGACGUCGCAAUAAAGUCUGUUUUACACAUC